UCAAAACCAAAAACGCGCAUGGGCGACGAGCCAACCAAGUCCAAGAAGCCGACGUAUCGCUUCAGCGUGCACACGGACAUUGAUCUCUUGGAGGAGGUGAUCAAUGUGGCUCCGCACGACGCUCCGUACGGGCAGACCACCGCGCGCUGGGAGGACGUCACCAGCUACAUGCGCACGCUCCACGGCGAGCACCUCACGGUGGCCGGCUGCCGCAAGCGCUUUGACGACCUCAUGGCAGCCUUUAAGACAGACACCGUCAAGGGCUUGCGUGCGUCCGGCACCGAAGAGGAGAUGAGCCAGCGGUACGUGCUACUGGAGGAAAUGUCGGACUUGUUGGAAGCGGCCGCGGACAGGAAAAAAGCGAGCAAGACCGACAAGGACAAGAAGACCGACAAGCGUGAGCCAGAUGCGCACCGCAGUCGUGCGGCGGCGCAGCAAGGACUUAAGCGCAAGGCAACCACCGACGAUGUCCCGGACGAGGACGACAGCGCUGAAACGCUAUCCAAGAAGAGCAAAGGAGAGGACUGCGCGGCGAACGAUCUAGCGAGCGUCCUCGCAGCCUUUACUAGCAUGAUCGAGUCGACCAACGCGCUCAAGCGAGACGAAAUUGCCGCCCAAAGAGAGGCAGUUGCCGUCAAGAAGGAGGAACUCGCCUUGAGUCGACGCAAGCUUGAGCUCGAGGAGCAGCGGCUCCUCUUUGAAAAGGCCGAACGCGACGAGCGAUUCGAGAUGGAGAAAGCGGAGCGCGAGGCGCAGCUCGAGUUUAUGCGGCGCACGAUUGAAAUGAUGCAAGCGAAUCUGAGCAACAAAUAGCGAAUCCACUUUGCCAUUACGUUGCGUUUCCU